AUGAACGUUGGUGCAGAUUUCCCUUCCGCUGAAUCUGUGGAUUUCUCUUAUAUUGAAUACGAGAGUAAUUAUAUCAAUAAUUCAGACAAAUCACCAAUGAUACCUUUUAUGAAUUAUCAGCGUUUGUUUGUUGGUCUACUACCUUCAUCGUAUUUAAGAUCCAGCUAUCAUCGAAUGCUAAGAAGAGUUAUCUAUUUGUGCAUCGGUAUCACACUUCUAUUAUUUUUAUGUAGGCUACUUCAAUGUAUUCAUGACAAUAAAUUUACAGGUCGUGUAUCUAUAUCCCCAGACCCUUGGAGUAAAACACGUUUUACACAUAUAAGUGAUAACGCAGGAGUAGCAACGACAAAAACCAACUAUGUAUAUGGUGUUGUGUUCGACGCUGGAAGCACUGGAAGCCGUGUUCACAUAUUCAAACUAGUUCAUAAUCCCUUAGAUCCUUUCAAACCGUUUAAACUAUUGGAUGAUAAAUAUCAUCAUGUUCAACCUGGUUUAUCUUCAUAUGCGGAAAAACCAGAGGAGGCAGCAUUAAGUUUAACGAAAUUAAUUAAUAUUGCUGAAACUAGUCUUCCUGUUGAUGUGUGUCGUAAUACUCCAGUUAUUUUAAGAGCUACUGCUGGUCUUCGUCUAAUUUCUGCGCAUAAAGCAGAGAAUAUUUUAAAAGCUGUACGACAUAGAUUAUCUCAAACUUGUUUUAAACAAUUACCUAACGCUGUAACUAUUAUGGAUGGAUUUUAUGAAGGUCUAUAUUUAUGGUUGACAUUAAACUUUCUCAAUAAUCGUUUAUCAAAUGGAAAAGCACAAAAGAAUCAUGCAGUGAUUGAAAAUUCACUUACACAAACAAUUGGCACAUUAGAUCUAGGUGGAGGUUCUACACAAAUCACAUUUAUUCCCACUGAGUUGAAUACCCUCAACAAUGCACCUGAUGAUUUUAUUACAUACUUUGACGUACAAAAUAGUAAUGAUAAACCGAAACAAAAGAUCUAUUCACAUAGUUACUUAGGCUUAGGCCUAAUGUCUGCACGUUAUUCAAUGUUAUAUAAUGCAACUGAACAUUUCAAGUUAAUUACUGAAGGAAAGAAAGAGUUUUUUCAUCCUUGCUGGCCUAAUAAUGUAACUCUUAAAUGGAAUCAUGCCGGUAAAGAUUGGCAAAUCAGUCGUAUGAAUCAUUCAAUGUCUAAAUCUUUAUUAUCAUUUAUUAAAACAAAAUCAAUUUAUCAUCAUCAAGCAGCAAUUGAACCGGUCAAUGUUAAUGCUAAUAAUAUUGAUAAUGAUCAUCUAAUGUUGUGCUAUGCUUUAGCAGUGAAUGUAUUACAAAAUCCUGUUGAAGGUGAUAUAAAUGUUAUCAGAUAUCCACCAAACAAUAAUAUUGUUCAUCAACCAGUGGAAGUGAAAACACGUGAAUUUUAUGCAUUUUCAUAUUAUUUCGAUUUAGCUGUUAGUGUUGGUUUAAUACAUGAAAAUACUGGUGGAUUUCUUACAGUGAAUGAUUUUCAAAAUGCCGCUGAACGAGUUUGUCGUAACCCAAAUCCUCAGAAACCAUUCGAUUGCAUGGAUCUUAGUUUUAUCACUGCAUUAUUGCAUAGUGGUUAUGGGUUCCCGUCAGAUAAAAAAAUUGGAUUUUUUAAAAAAGUCAAUUCUUUUGAAAUCAAUUGGAGUCUUGGUGCCUUAUUUUCAGAAAUGUAUCAUAAUAAAACUGCUUGA